UAUUAUUUUUUUAUUUUUUUUAUUUUUACAUCUUAAAGAAAAGGCGUAAAAGUUUCGAGUCUACAAAAACUUGCCCUCUCAAAUUCCCUCCAUCCCCUUUAUCAACCGGUCGGAGAUCACAAAUUCGCCGUCUCUCCGCAGAUUUCCCAACACUCUUUUCAAAUUCCUCGUUCAUCCUCAACUCUCAUCACAGCUUAAAAAGGGAAAACAACAGCGGGAAAGAGAAACCAUCACCUCCCGCAUCGACGAUAUUGCCGGCAUUAUCUUCUCCAGCGACGAUGGCUGUCGAUACAGACUUUACCUCGCUUUUUAACAAUUUGAAGGUCGAAGAUCCAUGGCUUCCACCUAGACCUUGGGAAUCAAUUCCUACAGAAAGUGGACGUUCUGUCACUUCAACAUCUAUUUCCUCUCCUUCAAUUUCAAGACGCCUCUACGACACAUCAACUGUUUCUGAGGCUAGUUUAGUAAGGUUGGCAAUGAACGCUCUGCAAGGAUUAGAGUCAUCUCUUACAAGCAUUGACAGACUAUGCACAAUAUUCCGUUCUGAUCCAACAGACAGAACAUUUCACCGAAUUCCUAGUCUAUGGAACAAAUCUGUAAGUACACUUGCUCUUGAGAAGAUACUUAGAUCCUUAGGCUGCAUGGGCUGUGAAGUUUUCUUUCUCCAUAAAUUUAUUAGUCACUUCACAAACUUAAAUCCGGAUGAGGCAAGCAGCAAUUAUCCUCCAUACAGUCUGGUCAACCAGGCUUUUGCAGUCGCCAUUGGAGAUGUUUUGGAAGGUUACAUUGCUGCAUUAGAUACUUUAUCUUCUUCUGUUUGCUUGAGAAGAUUAUCACUUAAUGAUAGCAUGAUCGGCUGUCUUUCAAGUGUUGGACAUUCUGAGGUUACAUUGCUGGAGGUUUUUCUUCAUACAAAAGAAUUGAGAAGUCAAAUUGAGGUUAUUGGAAGCAUAUGCAAUGUGCAUGAUAUAGCUCUUUGUUUCUCACUUUCACCCCUUGAGGAUUUAGGUACUCAAACAAAAUUUAGUGAGUUUCCAAGAGGUGGAAAUCUUCUUACUUAUUUGUACAACGAGCUCAAGGUUGCUGAUCCAGUCCAUUGUUCACUUCUCAAAACUCUCUUUGUUCGCUCAUGUGAACCAUAUUUUGACUUUAUUAGAUCCUGGAUUUUCAAGGCCAAAAUUGUUGAUCCAUUUAAUGAGUUCAUAGUGGCUGAAGCUGAUAGUCAUCAAUCUUAUUCACUUUCUAACACUGGAGUUCUUGUUGACUUCCCUUCAGCCACCAUCAGGGAGGAAGAUGGAGUUUCUGUUCCAUGUUUUCUGAAGGAAUUCUUGAUUCCACUGUUUAGGGCUGGUCAGCAGCUUCAAGUACUGAUAAAAUUGCUGGAAUUUUCUGAUGGUGUUGGGAGUUGGAAUCGUACUUAUGAGGACUUUCUUCCAUAUUGGAGUAAAAUAUCGAGCUCCCAUUUGUCACAUGCAUCUCAUAUGGCUUUCAGUAAAGAAGGAAUUGAGAAAAUGGUACUUGCAAGAAGAGACUACUAUAAAAUCAUGAUGGAGAAACUCAAAAAUCAAUUGCCAAACCUAGAGUUCAGAUAUCAUCAGGUAAUUCCACACUCUACACCACCAAUUUCUGUUUCUAAUGGUAGAGGAAGUCUGGAAUUACUAUCUUCUUCAGCAAAGAAUAUGAAUCAAAAUCUGCGUCUUGAUACAGUGGAUAGCGAUCUAUCUAACAUGACAGAAGAGUUCUCAUAUGAGAAUGAUCCAUUAGAUUCAUCCGAAUGUUCAUCUGCUGAAGAAGACAUAGAGAAAUCUGAGAAUAUAAUUGAAUCUUUUCAUGAUGCAGAAGAUCUGGAGAAAAAAUACCUUUCUGCUUUAGAAUUUAAAUCAGAUACCUCUUCCAAUAUUCCAUUUAAAAAUUCUUCUCAAGUUAAGAGUCCAUCCACCAUAGGAAGUGCUUCACAUGAGUCAUAUAGGAAUGAUUUGUCAUCAACACCAGAAAAAACUCAAUAUGAGAAUAAUCAACCACUUAAUCCCAUUUGUAAUGCUAUAGGGAACAUAGAAGAUGUUGCUUUGAGUUUAAAAAGCUUGAAAUCAUGGGAAGUUGAAUCUGCUAAUAACCUAAUACAAGGAACAAGCAAACUUCGUGAAACAUCUUCCAAAGUCAAUUUACCUUCUUUUGACUUUAAGUCAAUACGAGAUCCUUUUACUGAAUGUGUAGAUAGAUUAGGAAUAGGAAGCUCUAAUAGAACUGACCAUUUCUCAGUUCCAGCUAAUAAUACUGCUCCCAUGAAGAGAAAUUACCAUAAAGCCCCUGGUGAUGAUACACUCCCUGUCAACAAGACUUCAUUCCAUAAACAUGAAGAUAUUCGUUUCAAAACUGAUCACCAAAAACAAGAACUGUCACCAAAUGGUGGUGGUGGUGGUUGGCAAGUUAUGCUUAGUGGCACUGGCAACAAAAAUGUAAUCCUCCGCCCUGGUGACCAUAGUAAGAUUGGUGUGGCUGCAGUUAUUGAGAUACCAUUGGAUUUUGUUCUUGAGAAAUGCUUGUUGGAGGAGAUUCAACUCCAAUAUAUUUAUGUGAGUAAAUUGACAAUUAAGCUACUUGAGGAAGGUUUUUCUUUACAAGAACAUUUGUUGGCUUUGAGGAGAUACCACAUGAUGGAAUCAGCAGAUUGGGCAGAUUUAUUUAUCGUGUCACUUUGGCAACAUAAAUGGUAUGCCACAGAGGCAGAUAAAAGGGUAUCUGAAAUUCAGGGGCUUCUAGAACUUUCAGUUCAGAGGUCUUCAUGUGAAAGAGACCAUUAUAAAGAUAGACUCUUUGUUUACAUGAAAGAACAAGGCUCCACAUCUCUCCCUGGUUUUGCAACUGGUAUACAGUCCUUCAAUGUAUUAGGCCUGGGUUACAGAGUAGAUUGGCCAGUGAGCAUUGUUUUGACUCCUGCUGCAUUGAAGAUAUAUGCUCAAAUCUUUAGUUUUUUGAUACAAGUCAAACUUGCUUUAUCUUCUUUGACUGAAAUAUGGUGUUCAUUUAAGGAAUUCAUGCAUUUCACCAACAAGAAUCGUCAUUCUGAUGUACAAAAAUCCCAUUUCAAUAUCAUGGUGAAAUUGAGGCACCAGAUUUUCCAUUUUGUAUCAACAUUGCAGCAAUAUGUUCAGUCUCAGUUAUCACAUGUAUCCUGGUGUAGAUUUCUAGAGUCUCUCAAGCAUAAGGUUAAGGAUUUGACAGAUCUCGACAUUGUGCAUAUGGAUUAUCUCAAUGAUUCACAAUGCAUAUGUUUUUUAUCGGAUGAUAUGAAAAUAAUAGCUGAGAUUAUUCAAAGCAUUUUGCAAUGUGCAUUGGACUUCAGAUCUUUUGUUGUGCCAAACAAAUCAGCUGUCAACAUUGCUCAGGUUGUGAGCAUUAAAGAAGCAUUUGAGAAAAACAUGAGACAAUUGUAUGCAUGCUAUAUCAAGUCUCCUAAGAAUGUGGAGUUCAGUCUUCCACGCUUCUGGGAGUACCUCAAUUACAAUCACCAUUUUUCAGAUGUUAUUAAUAAAGAAAUGGGCCACCAUAUUCUUUCCUUCUAAAACUCUUAUUAUCAACUUUUUUUUUUCUUUCACGUGUAUGUGGUUUUUGAUUGAUGACAUUUUUUUUUGUGUGUAAUUAUAUCAUGUCUUGUUUAUUUUCCUA